AUGGCUCGUUUAGGACAGUUUAAUUUGGAUCCGAAUCGAGUGAUUGAUAUCAUCCUGGAGUGCUUCGAAGCAUCGCUAAGUCGGCGCAAGUUUUUCAUUGAACUGCUGACAAAAUUCAAAGCAGACAGCGAUGAUAUCUGCAGCAUCUUGGGAUUCAAAUUCACUUUUUAUCAGCGUUCCGGUGAAACUCCAUUAUCUCUUUACAAAGUAGCUGCGGUGCUUUGCGAUGAGCGAAUUGUCGAUCUGCUCUCACUUUCCUGCUUUCUAACUCCGAAACUGGAAGAACUGAUGAAUGAUCAGAAAAGUCGCUUGGAGAGAGAUACAAAGCGAGCUAAAAAGGCGGAAAUUGUUUCUACCGGGGCAGUAUCCGCUUCAUCAUCAGCAGCUGGUGCAUAUUUGGAUGAUGGUGCGGCCGUUGCUGGAGUAUCGUUUUCCGCUGUAGCUGCUCUGCAAAAUGCUGAAGACUCAAAAUUGGCCGACGAGAAGGACAAUGAUGUUCGUACACUUCCAUCUUCUUUUGUUACUUUGUACACCACCUUGAUUUUAUCAUUGGGCCACGUCAUGGCAGUAAUGCUGCUAACAGUAUUUCCUAUACUGUGCUGCUAA